GACGCGCGGUGUGGCCCAUGACGAGGCCCUCGGCGGCAGAGCGGCAGUCGGCGCGGCGAGGCCUACGGCGGUGGCGGCUCAGCGCGCGGGUGAGUGAGCACGCAUCGCCCGCGCAAUGUGGCCCACGGCGAGGCCCAAGUAGCGGACAACAACAGCGAGGCCUACGGCGGCGGCUCGUAGCACCUGCUGCCAUCUAAUUUUAUUUAUUCAAUUUGUAGGGGCGGGUCAUGCCCUCACCCGCCUCUAGAAAUCUAGGCGGGUGAGGGCAUAACCGGCCCCUAGAAAUCUACUUCUAUAGGCGGAUGAGGGUACAACCCGCCUCUAUAAAUGGGCUUUUAGGAUCCGGCAACAUACCCGCCUCUGCAAGCAACUAUUUUUAGCUGCGUAAAGCAGGGGUGGGUGUUGUAUCGCCUAUAAAAUUGGAUUUUUACUCGUCCCUAUAAAUCUUUUUUUUAGUAGUGAAUGCUACAUUCCUUUUGCCACAAUGAUCAUGCAUGUUUUACCAACUUUGAUGAUGCACGGGUAUCCAAAUGCUAACGUAUGGCAAAUAACUCUGAAUGUAUAUAUAGAAUGUUAAAUUUGUUUGCGCAAAUUGAACUGCCAACAGAUGGAUGCUCUUUUAUUGGUGUAGUGUUGCUCUGAUUGACUGAUUGUCUUUGCUCUUGGCAAGGAACUUAUAUAUGAAUGCAAACGUACAGGAUGCCCUGCUACGAGAUCUCUUCCUUGCUACCGGUGGCCUCAGAUUAAAGCGGCCGGUAAACUGGCGACCUGUCAAAGCUGAGCUAGCUAGCCAUCGCUCCUCACGAGCAAAGCUGCUCUGAUCACUCGCCUUUCUCUCUUUCCGCUGCCGCCUUUCGGUUGCUUCGUUCCCAAGGAUGGCAUUUCACGGCUGCUUAUUGUGCCUCUCCCGGAACGACGACGACGAGGAGAAGUGAACGAAUCCCACCCAGAGUACCUUGGUCACAGCAACCUUUGAGAGAGAGAUGGUGACGACGGACUGGGGGCCCAUCAUCGUGGCGGUGGUGCUGUUCAUCCUGCUGUCGCCGGGGUUCCUGGUCCAGCUGCCGGCGAGGAUGAGGGUGGUGGAGUUCGGCAACAUGGGCACCAGCGCCCUCUCCAUCCUCGUCCACACCAUCCUCUACUUCUGCAUCCUCACCAUCGUCGUCGUAGCCAUCGGCGUCCAUGUCUACUCCACCAAACCCGACCCCGUAGAGUAAAUUAACCUUAGAUUAUUCCGUGUGUUUAAUUUCUCCAGUGAUGGUGUAAUGCCGUUGGUGUUUUUUUUACUCCAUAUGUAUCUUUUGUAGUAUAACUAAGGUAACAUACAUAUAUACACACACACUUACUAUAUACUAUAGUGUUUUUUCAUGCUGUACUAGAUCAACGUGUUAACAGUGUAGUAUAACUACAGUGUUAACAGUUGAUAGAAAUAAAUUAAAGAUGGUAUAGAGCUUCUGUGCUAUAAAGAUGGUAUAGAGCUCCUGUGCAUUCUUUC